AGAGCAAGGAGAGAGAGAGCAAGAGAGGGGGAGGAGAAAACAUGCAAUAGAAAUUGUCAGGUCCAGAGACAGAGAUCGAGAGAGAGAGAGAGAGAGAGAGAGAAAGAGAGAGAGCCACAUACAUAUGGUAAGGGAAACAGAAACAGAGAACAAGCGUGUGUUUGUGUGUAUGCGUGAGCCAGUGUGUGAGUGUGUGCACAGAGGCGCAUUGACAGCAGCGGAGAAGGAGCAAGGCUAACAAACGGCAGCCGCGAGAGAAAAGGAGCACAGUGACGCCACUGGGGGAGAGAUAACGACUGAAUGGAAGAAAAGAAGAGAGGAUGAAAGAAAGACAUCAGUGAAGACCUGAGGCUCUGAGACCAGAGAGAGAGAGAGAGAGAGAGAGAGGAGAGGAAGAUACCCAGAGAGGCAUCACAGGAGCACACGUAAUUACACAACCUAUUUGGCUGGCUGACUGACAGGCAGAGAGAAAGAGACAGGAGGAGGGAUGGAGAGGAAGCUGCUAGAAACUGCUGCUCGGCCACACCGCAGGCGACAUGGUGAGAGGGAGAGAGUUUGAAGGACGAAGGGAACCGACAGAGGAGAAGAAGAGGUGGGCUCCACCACCAGUCUCUGUCCUCCAUCACUGUGACUAAAGGAAGGAGUGACGCAUCCAUCCUUCGACAGCCUCCAUCUUACCUUCCCUUCCUCCCUCCACCUCCAUCGUUUGUGUUCUCAGGGUCUCACAGACAGGAAUGAUCACCUUGCCUCUGUCGCUCCUCUCCUCCUCCUUCUCCUCCUCUUCCUCUGUCCCUCUGGCAAAACACCUUCUGUUCUACUCUCAGACGAACUGAGACCAAUGGGCCAUGUUAUCAGCUUCACACGCACAUGGAAGCUUUACCCUGUAACAAGACUAUUGUCACCUCACAGCACAGUAAUAUCCAAAACCAACAACAACAACAACACACAGCAAGGUGGUAAGAGAACUGGGAGACGAUAUGUUACGACAGGACCAAACAACAACACAGGUAACUCAGCCAAAGAGGACUGUGAGGACGACAAUCACACCAUCUGACUGUCUGAGGCCACUGCUGUCACUCUGAACUGCUGAGGGACAGACAGACAGACAGACCGUGACGAGGACAAGGUCUCCCUAGAGACCUUUAUCAGCUACCCUAGUGGGAGGACUCAGUUUGAAAGUCAAGCACCCCUUCCUUAGAGGAAUUCAGGAGUGGUUUGUUAAGGAGCAGGGGAUUUCCAUUGCCUCCUAAAAAAAGACCUCCGCCUUAUCAGACUCCAGUCAAGGAAGCCAAAGGACACAAAACCAUAUUUGACCAAGAGGAGAGAGAGAGAGAGAGAGAGUGGGAGAGAGAGAGAGUGAGAGAGAGUGGGAGAGAGAGAGAGGAGGUUCCAGAGUUUCUACAGGUUGUUCUCACACACAAGGCCAUUCCACAGCCUCAGAAACAGGAAGGAAGUUCUGGUUUGAGCAGCAACAACCUAGAAACAAGCAAGCCCCGUUUGAGUCAGUUUCCCCUGGCAAGCCACAGGACGCUGUGUGAGACAAUACAGAGUGAACUACUACUGAACAGCCUGUGCUGCUUGAGCUCUCCAUUUUGAGAGAGUAGAACUCUUCACAACCCUGUUGUGAAAGUGUAUCAUAUUACUAUCUAUAUAUGUACAUAUAAGAUUAUUUAUUGGUGUUAUCACUGAAAACAUAUCUUUGUGCUGAUGUGUUGAGUCCUGUUUGGUGUUCAGCUGUUACUGUGGUUGAAUAUCCAGUACAUAUCUUUAUUGUAUAUCUAAGACUGCACAGACUAGUUUUAAGAGGACUAACUACCAGGCUCGGACUGUUAUCGCUGUCUAUCAGUAGUGUUAUCAGCGGACAGUGUUUCUGUGUGAUAGGGAAGUCUGUUUCACUGCUCCAGGUUUGAGGGCUCUGGCUUUAGUCCUCAGUCCUUCUGUCCCACAUAAAGACUCAGGGUAACAGCACCACAGACGUGGGAGGCCUUCUAAUUGAAACAAUGGACAGAAUCAUACGUCCCCAUGUCCCCUCUAAUGGCUGACUUUGACACCCCCAGUUCACUUCAGAGCCCCACCCCACGCCCAACCCAAGCCAGGGGCAUUGCCCGCUGAACCACCCACAGCCCCCUCUCUCUAACAAAGACACAGACACACAAAUAAGCUUAAUGUCCAUGUCCUGCCUCAGGCGGCAGCCUGUGACAAUCCCCAUGGAUACCGUCAAGAUUAUCCAGUCGGAAAAGUUCCCCCGGGAAUGCACGGUGCCAGUCACCCAGCCUUGCUUCACCCCUCCCCCGCGGGUGGCAUGGGAUGGAGGGGGAGAGGGAGAGAUCAUUGUGAACCAGGCGUGCAGUGACCUAGCCCUGGAGAUGACCUGCACUGACCUGCCCCCCACCAGACCCAUGGUCUCAUCUCCCCCAGCUCCCAUGGGGCGCAGGGAGAGUUACCUGGCCCAGCGUAAAGCCAGCACCGCAGAGAUCUGCUACCACCAGUUCCACUACAAGAUGGAGGACGUCAUAGUCAACCAGUACGUGCUGCGCUCUUCUUCCACCUCCUCCUCCACCUCCUCUUCCUCCUCAGGGCCCGUAAUGCCUUGUGAGCCCCUGGACUGCCCCACCUGCGGCCACACCUACAACUUUGCAGGCAAGCGUCCACGCAUCCUCUCCUGCCUGCACUCGGUGUGUGAGGAGUGCUUGCAGAUCCUCUACGAGUCCUGCCCCAAGUACAAGUUCAUCUCGUGCCCAACGUGCAGGCGUGAGACGGUGCUGUUCACUGACUAUGGGCUGGCUGCCCUGGCCAUCAACACCAGCAUCCUGAGCCGGCUGCCCUCUGACCCCAAUGGCCCGGUGCAGUGGGGCGGGGAGGCCGACCGGAGCUGCUACCAGACGGUACGCCAGUACUGCCAAUCAGCCUGCACCUGUCAGAUCGCCAACCCCCUGUCCUCCUGUGGCAUCAUGUAGAGACCUAGGCAGGGGCCAAACUGGCAUGCCUCCUCUCUUCUCACGUCCAUACAACCCGCCUUCUCUCUUCUCACACACAUACAACCCGCCUUCUCUCUUCUCACAUACAUACAACCCACCUUCUCUCUUCUCACAUACAUACAACCCCACACAGAUGUAUCUCUAUAUUUAAUAGCACAGAUGGAUGCGGUCUGGGUAAAAUGGAUCGUGAAGGACACUGUCUUGCAGACGAAAACAGGGAAAUAGCAAAUAAAUGUAUUUUAUGUAUGAAGUAUGAAUCCUAUUCCCCGUCUCUUGUUCGGAUGUGUUUGUCAUUGACAUCUCUUUACAUGGGAAUGCUAGGGGAGGCCUAUCCCCUCAACCUUGGUCAAUAAAGAAUAAACAAAUGAUUUUAAAAAACCCA